UGAUAUAUUAGUAACUUCUGCUAUGUUUAACAAAUGUAGCUUUAAGUAGACUCUUUGCUUCGAAUUUCAGGACGUUUAAAUGGAAUAACGUGUGUUUUUUUAGUUAACUGUAAAAAGAGAAGCUCGUUUUGGGUGCAAAAUGAAUAACUUGUCGUUUGACGAUCCAUCACUGGAUAACUUGGAUCCAAGUUUAUCCCUAAAUGAUCCGAGUGAUAUUGAUACAGCCUUACUCAACGAUAUUGACGACAUGCUCCAACUCAUCCACAGUCAGGACAUGGAGUUCAACGGGCUGUUCGACCCCCCUCAGUUCCCUCCACCCCCGUCUUCAGCACCCGAUCUUUUAUCCCUGACUCCUUCCACCUUAGCUCCCUCUCCCCGAACACCCCCCACCUCCACACCCAACUCAUCCAACUCCUCCAUCCUGAGCAGCAGCCCCCACCUGGAUGCUCUGCUGGGACCACCCGUCAACCGCACCACCUCCACUCCUGAAAAGGUCUUUCAUCCGACCCCGUUCCAGCAGUCACCCCCGACCCAGGUGACCUCUACGCCCGUGACCUCGAGCCAGGUGAAUCAGCCCAAGGUUCAGACAGCUCAGCCUGUCAUCCGCCCUCCGAGUCAGGCUGCACAGAGCCCCGUGUUUACCCCCAGCCCUCAGCAGACGCUGACUAACUACGUGAACCAGAAUGGAUACGUGGCAGUUGCUCAGCAGGCCUCUCCUCAGCCCCUGCCCAGUGUGCCCAGCCCACCACAGACCAUUCAACCAGUGACCAUCCAGGUCCAGAACCUGCCCACAUCUUCCAUCCUCACCACCUCCUCCAGUCCCCCAAUACAGACCAUCACCCCCCAUGUCCAGCAGGUUCCUGUCUUGCUGCAACCUCAGUUCAUCAAGGCCGAUUCUCUCCUGCUUACCACUCUGAAGCCUGACAUAUCCAUGGUAACUACGGUGGCAUCGCCGUGCAUCACGACUCUCGCUACGUCCACAGCCCCAGUGCAAGGCACCUCACUGCAGGCUCUGAUGACUGGUGGCACCAUCCUGACCACACUUCCAGUAGUGGUGGACGCAGAGAAGCUGCCAAUCAACCGUAUAUCCAUCAGUAAUAAGCCAGGUGUACAGAUUCACAAGGGUGAAAAGCGAACAGCGCACAACGCCAUCGAGAAGCGCUACCGGUCAUCCAUCAACGACAAGAUCCUCGAGCUUAAGGACCUGGUGGCCGGCACUGAGGCUAAGCUGAAUAAGUCAGCAGUCCUGAGGAAAGCCAUCGAUUACAUCCGCUACUUGCAACAGUCCAAUCAGAAGCUCAAGCAGGAGAACAUGGCUCUGAAAAUGGCCAAUCAGAAGAACAAGUCUCUGAAGGACCUGGUGGCCAUGGAUGUAGACGUGAAGAGCGAGCUUCCCACUCCUCCAGCGUCCGAUGUCGGCUCCCCCGUACCCAGCGGACCCUUCUCCCACUGCAGCAGCGACUCAGAACCAGAUAGCCCCAUGGGAGAUGACACCCGGCCGGUUGCUCAUGCUGAGAGGGCUGCUGGCGGGAUGUUGGACCGGUCACGCAUGGCUCUGUGCGCCUUCACUCUUCUCUUCCUCUCUUUUAACCCGCUGGCGUCUCUGAUGUACGGCAGCAGCAGCAGUGCUGGAGAGGUCACUGGCUCCGGGCACUCCGGAACUGGCAGGUCCAUGCUGGGGUUAGAGGACACAGCUAAUUCAUGGGGCUGGAUGGACUGGAUGCUACCUACUCUGCUUAUGUGGUUGUUGAAUGGAGUUCUAGUAGCCGGAGUCCUGAUCAAGCUGCUGGUUUAUGGAGAACCCGUGACCAGACCUCACUCUGAAUCCUCAGUCCUCUUCUGGAGACACCGCAAACAAGCAGACCUGGACCUGGCCAGGGGAGACUUCGCCCAGGCCUCCCAGAACCUGUGGACGUGUCUGAAAGCUCUGGGCCGACCCCUGCCCACCUCUCAGCUGGACCUGGCGUGCGCCGUGCUCUGGUCCACCCUGCGCCUGUGGCUGCAGAGGAUGUGGGUGGGCCGCUGGCUGGCCUGCAGAGCCGGGGCUCUGCGAGCCGACCGGCCUCUGCAAGAGGACGCCCGGAAGAGCAGCCGGGACGCGGCGCUCGUGUACCACCGUUUGCACCAGCUCCAUAUGACCGGGAAGCUGGGUGGCAGCCACCUGUUUGCGGUGCACAUGGCCUUGAGUGCGGUCAAUCUGGCCGAAUGCGCUGGCGACUGUCUUUCCGUGGCAACGCUAGCCGAGAUCUACGUCUCCGCCGCCCUGAGAGUGAAAACCAGCCUUCCUCGACUGCUGCACAUCACAUCUCGUGGCUUCCUGAGUCGAGCUCGUCAGGCCUGUCUCUCCUCCAGUGGCAGUGUUCCUCCUGCCAUGCAGUGGUUGUGCCACCCUCUUGGUCAUCGCUUCUUCGUGGACGGUGACUGGUCUGUGCGCAGCGUCCCCAAGGAGAGCAUCUACAGCCAGGCCGGGAACACGGUGGACCCGUUGGCUCAGGUGACCCAGGCAUUCAGGGAGCAUCUGCUGGAAAAGGCUCUGUACUGUGUCGCUCAGCCACAUGGAGACAAGAGUCCAGAUGAGGGCCAAGGAGAGUAUGCAGAUGCUCUGGAAUAUCUACAGCUGCUGACCAGUGCCUCGGACGCAGCUGGAGCUACCACCCAGGCCUUCGCCAUUGGUUCCAACAUGGCCACAGUCACCGGCUGUGACCCUCACUCUAAAUGGUGGUCGUCGGUUGCCGUGGUGAUUAUAAACUGGCUGCAGGGAGAUGACGUAGCGGCGGAGAGAUUGUACCCAGCUGUGGAACAUCUUCCACGCAGCCUGCAGUCAGCUGAGAGUCCUCUGCCCAAGGCUUGCCUCAACACCUUCAAAGCAGUGCGCGCCCUGCUGGCCAAACCCGAGAACAGGCAGCUCAGUCUGAGCUACUGUGAGAAAGCCAGCAGCCUGUUCAGAGACAGUCUCAAUCUGGGGCCACACGGCAGCAGCAGCACCCUAGACAAGUUGGUGCAGCUGUUGCUGUGUGAUCUGCUGUUGGUGACGCGUACCAGUCUGUGGCGGGAGCAGCAGGCCUGUCCACCUUCGUCCCCCCAGCAGAGCUCGACGUCGGCAGCCUCUCCGGUCGAGCUGCAGGGCUUCCAGCAGGACCUGAGCUCUCUGCGCAAACUUGCCCACAGCUUCCGACCAGCCAUGCGCAGGUUGUUUCUGCAUGAAGCCACAGCCAGGCUGAUGGCAGGAGCGAGUCCAACACGCACCCACCAGCUCCUGGACCGCAGCCUGCGCCGCCGUGCCACACCUGGAAGUAAGAACGAGGAGUGCGAGACGCAGCCAGGCCAGCGGGAACAAGCCGAGGCGGCCAUGCUGGCAUGCUGGUAUCUACCCCCAUCAUUCCUGUCAGCCCCAGGCCAAAGAGUGGGCAUGCUGGCGGACGCGGCACGCACCCUGGAGAAACUGGGGGACAAACGCACUCUCCAGGACUGCCAGCAGAUGAUUAUCAAACUGAGCAGUGGAACCACGGUCGCGUCCACCUAGACCAACAAAGAAAAAGACUCCACCCCCCUCCCACCCCCACCCGUUCUGCUUUUCACUAACACAAUAACAGUGUCGAAUAUAGUUCAUCAGCCCAUUUCGUUCAAAUCGUACAGAUACAUUAUUUUCAGAUUCGUUCUACUGUAUUUAAACUCCUCGUUUCUUUUUAUUUAAAUAAGUUAAUUUAAAUUGUCCUGAUAAAAAACGAGGAUGCUUUUAGUUAUUGUCAUAUUUAUUUAAAGCAUUGUCACUUAGUCUUGUCCCACAAACGCAUUAUUCCUGUAAUAAGGCGCUUUUAACCAGCUCUGGUCCAUCGAAGCCCUUAUUGAUUGGGUCUACAGGGUCUGAGAAUUCUGCAUUGUAGCUCUGGUCUUCACACGCAGAUUAAGCCUAGUCGUAAAAUGAUAGGACAGUGUUCGGACUAGGAACUAGAUUCAGUUCUAGCCAGCCAAAAGUCCUAAACUUGAUCCUGAUUUCCUCUGGAUUUAGCGCACUCAAUUUUGCCUUCUGCUGCCGAGAGAUACCAGAUUCCAUCCGAGGGGAGCACGUCGCUGUACUCGCCUCCUCCGACACGUGCACAGCCCUCCUCUUCUCGCCCCUGCGUUCUGCGCAGCAAUCUAUUCCACCAAGCAGACGCUUUUAUGCAAAGUGACUUGCAGUACUGUGACAAUAUAUAUUGUCUGUGACGAUAUAUAUUGUCUAUAUUGUCAGGGUCCUUACACGGCGUAUGAAGCACCAACCCACCCACACAUAGUCCGGCCCCCACCCUGCAGAUACAGUGGCCAAUUAGUAUCUGCUCCAGGCACUGCCAGUUAUGCCCGCUAGAUGACGCCCAGCCGACCGGUGGCAACGGCGAGUCUCGAACCGACGAGUUCGAACCGACGAGUACAGAAACUCGGUGCUGGUGUGCUAGCAGAAUAUCCCGCUGCGCCACCUGGGCGCCUAUUUUUUUUUUUUUUUUUACGAGGGUAUUAGUACGAGGGUAUUUCUGUCCCAGUGUAUUGUGUCUGUUACUACCUGAAAUAAUCUGUAUAUAUAGUCCAGAUGUGUUUGGCUGCUCUGUGCGGUUGCCUAGGAGACAGUUCAGAGGAUGCGUCUGGCAUCGCAUGUUUCCCUUCUAUAUUAAGAGCAGUUGUGCAAUAGAUUCCAGAGUUGUUCUUACCCAGAAUGAAGGACGGCACGGUGGCUCAGUGGGUAGCACUCUCGCCUCACAGCAAGAAGGUCCUGGGUUCGAUCCCCUGGUGGGGCGGUCCGGGUCCUUUCUGUGUGGAGGUUGCAUGUUCUCCCCGUGUCUGCGUGGGUUUCCAUCCGGUAGCUCCGGUUUCCUCCCACAGUCCAAAGACAUGCAAGUGAGGUGAAUUGGAGAUGCAAAAUUGUCCGUGACUGUGUUUGACGUUAAAACCUGUGAACUGAUGAACCUUGGGUAACGAGUAACUACCGUUUCUGUCAUGAAUGUAAUCAAAGUGUGUAAAGCAUGACGUUAAAAUCCUAAUAAACAAACCCAGAAUGAGCUCGUAUAAUGACCACAGGUAGCUAAUUGGGAGAAAAAAAUGAGACCCACUGCAAAAAAUGAAGGUUUGGACUAGCAGGUGGGUCCUGGCUAUGACUUAUUUGGUUGGCGGUUGGUGGCGAAAAGCAUGACAGGCAGAUUGAUAUCCUUCUGAUUCUCUAGCUGCCGGAGCAGAUGUAGAUAAUCUAGGAUCUGGGCUUACUCUGCGUCUGGAAACGAAGCGUGAAGUGAAAAAGCCGACUUCCUUUUUUUAACGACGUCUGUACAGAACUCUCUAAUCUGCACUACCCUAACCGGGACGACUUCUACACGGUUUGAGAGCGAAUGAGGCUUUACGAGGUUUUUGUGUCAUUUUUCUUGUAUAUUUUUACAAAGAUGUGUAUUUAUAAAUGUGUUGAAGAUCUGGGUGAACAGUAUUUUUUUGGCAACGAAGAGACGCUAUGUAGAGUUUUGGCUGGAAAUGAAUAGUAAUAGAGGAAGAACCAUCGGUCACUAAGGGACACCCAGGGUGGGGUUUUAGGAUCAGGUCAUGGUCAAGAUCAUGGUCCAUUUGCACUUGAGGUGAAGACUACCCACUAAUCAAAGAUGUACAAAAGCAUUUGCUGGUGACUGUGCGUUUUUAAUCCUUGUGUAGUCUUAACAUUCUGGAUACCCCUGUGUGACCCACCUUUUACUAAACCCUAUAUAUAUAUAUAUUUUCUUUUAUUAUUAUUUACUUAUGCAUUCUCUCCCCUUUUUUCUCCCUUUAAGCGCGUCCAGUUGCCCGAAUGCGUCAUGCUUUCUUUCCACCAAUGCCAAUCCCUGCUCUGGUUGAGGAGAACAAAGCUAACCCACGCCCCUUUCCGACACGUGGGCAGCAUGCCAUAUGCAUCUUAUCACCUCCACUUUGACGAGUGCAGUGCAGCUCAGCACUGUGUACGGAGAGACACACCCUGAGAGCACUCUUUUCUCAUCUCUGUGCAGGCACCAUCAAUCAGUCAGCAGAGGUCGUAACUGCAUUAGUUUAAUCCGGCUUAAUCCCACCCAUAUCUGAACAACAGGCCAGUCGUUUGUCCAUGUUGCCGCUCAGCGUAGCUGGCAGGGCUGAAAUUCGAUACUCUGCUCUGGUUCCAGCGUGUGUUUUUACCGCUGUGCCACCUGAGCGGCCUAAAUAAUGCAGCUUAAUUCCAUUUAAAAACCCAAAUCUAUUUUGCAUAGAGAAACAACCAGCCAUUCUUUAGCCAGACUUUUUUGUAUUUUUGUAUUUUUUAUUUUUCCCCUUUUUCUCCCCCUUUAGCGCAUCCAAUCGUCCAAUUUCCAUCGUGCUUCCUCUCUGUCUAUGCCGAACCCCGCCCCGACAGAGGAGAUCAAAGCUAACCAACAUCCCCUCCGAAACACUGGCAGCAGCCGGAUGCAUCUUUGCCACCCACACAUUGAUGAGUUUGGCGCCACCCAGCGUUGCAUACGGAGAGACACACCCUAAGGGCACUCUUCCUCAUCUCUUGUGUAGGCGCCUCUCAGUCAGCCGGCAGAGAUCGUAAUCGCAUUCUGACAGAGAGAGACCCACCCCCUCCGGUCCCCAGUCCCGUCCCCAGAUGAUCCUAUCUGCCAUUAAUCAUACUGGUGGCUCAUUUUUGACUCCUAAGACAACACAAGGGUUAAAAGGGUUGCAGAAUAAUCACUAAGCACCAUAAAAAUACCAAAACUGACCAGACUGUAAACAAAUAUACUGCUCCUCGUGACUGGAUUGUUCUUUCAGCCAUUGGAUGGAAACCCUUUGGUUCUGAUAUCUUUCUGUAAAUAGUAAAAUCACAACCUGUACGCCAAUGUCUGUAGUGCUCAUAGUCAGAAUUUCAUAAACGAAGGCUUUGUGGGCAUACACUUUGUUCAAUUCUCAGCUUUUUGAUUGAUUCUAGCGUGUAAAUAAAAGUCUUUUGUAACAUA